AUGAUUUUUUCCAUUCUCUUCUUUUCUACUCUCAUUUCGACAGCCUGGAGCUGCCCAAAGCAUGAUAAUUACCAAUCUCAUCCUCAUCUUGGCAGAAGACAAGUCCGAGUCGACAAAGGCCGAGUACCAAAGGACUGGAACUACGCUCUUUCUGCAGAUUGGGCUACCCUCAAACCUGAAUACGCCCUAUGUCAAUCUGGCACUCAUCAAUCGCCUAUCAACAUUGCUCAGCCGGAACUAUCUCAACAUCACAAACCUACCUUUGACGGGUACACAGAGAAUGUCACUAUUCCAGGUAACUUCUUCAACUGGGAGUUCGCACCAGCCUGGACACCUCAUCAUCCGGAGGGAGUGGUCACCGGACUCCCCAGCAUGAAGUUUGACGGCCAGGAGGUCUACAUGAUCGGGUGGCACAUCCACGCCCCAUCCGAACACCUCAUCGCCGGCAAGCGCAGCCGCGCGGAAAUCCAUCUCGUUCACGUUACCGAGGAGGAGCACGAAGCCGCCGUCAUUGGCAUUCGGGUAGCAGUGGGUGACAAAGAAUCCGCAUUCAUCAAGCAACUGGGCCCAAUGAUCCACUACAACGACACAGCGCAGCUUGAAGGUUUACCCGUCAACAUGCGUCUCGCUAUCGAUGAGGUCGGCGGCGUCGAGGAAUUCUGGACCUACAAGGGCAGCUUAACCACGCCACCUUGUAGCGAGGGGUUGCGAUGGUUCCUACCCAAGCAGGAGAUGAUCGUCAGUGAGCAGCAGAUGGUUGAGAUCCUGGCUGCUAGUCGGUUCUCCCACCGAGUCGAGCAACAGGUUUGGCUUCACGACGUCAAUCUGUGA